AUGAACUGUCAGAGCGCCUCGCGGAUUUCUUGGAUAUGCGCUGGGGCCCCUGGCGCGGUCCGAAGGUGGUCCAGCGCCGGUCCAGGGAAUUUCCGCGGAGCUCCGAAAGUUUAUGCCUGUGCCGCUGUGUCUUCCUCGAUCAUCGGGAAGCCGAUCGUGUUCCUCGGGGUCAACAGGCUGCUGACCUGGGUGAUGAUCCUGAUCCUGGUGCUCUUCCUGUUCAUGGGCGUCGUCGUGCUCAGCGGCUGGAGGCUCAACUCGAAGAUGGGCCUGGGCCUCGGCGCCCUGUACGUCGGCUACGUCCUCUUCGGGCUCCACCAGUCGAGCGCUGGGCACAAGAUCCACUGA